AGCAUUCCAGCAAGGGAUAAUCUCUUCUCAACUCAGUCCAACCAGAACAAAUCAGAUUAUCACUCCAGCCACAAUGAAAUUCUCUAUUGCUACCGUUGCUGCUCUCGCGGGCGCCAUCACCGCCACUGCCGCCUCCCUGCCUGAGCGCUUCACUCUCGUCGCCGACGACAACAGCGCCGUCCUCACUGAUGGCCAGUACCUCUACAUUGGCAACGCCACCUCCGACGACCAAGUCCCCGUCGUCCUGACCUCCAACUCCGCCGGCGCCCUCACCUACCUCGCCGACGGCGCCGUCCCCACCGCCUUCCAGAACCUGUACAUCGUCGAGAACUCCGUCGCCGCCGUGCAGUUCACCGUCCCCCACUCCGGCAACAUGCCCGAGGGCGCCAACAUGACCGGCUUCGCGGUCAACGAGGAUGGCCAGCUGACCCACGGUGACAAGGCCUGGUUUGCCGUCGAUGGGUACGGCGAUGUCGAGGAGAAAACCGUCUACUGGUACGGAGCUCACAGCUCUGAGUACAUGGCUGCCUACCUGAAGGUCAAGGCCGCCUGAUUUAGUGAUGCGAAGUAAGAGAGAGAGGGGAAACCCUG